GGGGGGGGCUCAUUGUAACAGGUUUGUUGCUGCUGUGUGAAUGGAUUUUGGCUUGGGUUACGCUGACAGGAGGCUCUUCUCUGAGGCAGAACAAGUAUAGCCAGCAGCCCCGGCGAAAUCUGACAAUAAGAGGCUCAGAGUCAUUAGUCAUCUGUGCGCUAAACCAUUUCCGCUCAUUUCAGAUAAGAGCUUAAAUAAAACAAACCAAGCAUAUCAUCCAUACCACUGCUGUUUAUGUCUGUUUACCAACCAUGAAGAAACAGCACCAAGAACGAAUCCCAGUUGGCUGCAGAGAGCUGCGAUCCACAAAGUACAUCUCUGAUGGCCAGUGCACCAGCAUAAAUCCUGUUAAGGAACUGGUGUGCACAGGACAGUGCCUUCCAGCUCAGAUGCUGCCCAACUGGAUUGGCGGAUAUGGUAGGAAGUUCUGGAACCGACGAAACAGUCAGGAGUGGCGCUGCGUGAACGACAAGACCCGCACUCAGCGGAUUCAGCUCCAGUGUCAGGAUGGCAGCACCAGGACCUACAAGAUCACAGUGGUGACCUCCUGCAAGUGCAAAAGAUACACAAGGCAACAUAACGAAUCGGGGGUCAAGUCUGAGGGAUAUGCUCAUACCCAGAUAAAAAAACAAAAGAACAAAGUGGGCCCUAGGACGGAAAGCUAAAUGAGUCUGUGCUUGGACUGAGCUAGAUUUUUCCUUUUAAAAAGAACUCAGUGUGAACGAGAGAACUUGUGACGUCAGCUCACAGGAGCACUGAACUUUCUUUGUGCUGCCUUUUUUGAGCAAGUGCAGGGACCUGAGUUCACUGCCAGAUGUCCACUGCAAUCUUUGGAAAGAAGAAAAAAUAAAGACUAAAUAUCAUCACCGAUAUAAUCUCAAUCAACAUACAACCAGUAGUGAAGACAUGUCCAUAAUAAUAUCAAAGAGACUGACAAUGAUAACUGCAUAUUACAUUACAAAUAUGUUUUUUUUUUGUCCCCACUGCCUGAUGUGUGUGGUAAUCACUUGCUGUGGUAAUACUGUCUUUGUGUUCAGCGACAAAAAGAGCAGUUCUCAAACCUGGGAAAUGCAUAGCUACAUGUAAAUUAAAUGUCUGUACAUAUGCAUAUGCAAUUGUUUAUGUAAUUGAUUUUGCAGGACUUUUAUGUGUAAUAUUGUGACGUAUAAGCUGAUGUAAUAUAUUUUGCCUUGACUUUGAAACAUUUUUAGUUUGUGCAAGCAUUAUUUGGACAAGAUAUUGCACUAUAGUGACAAUGCUUAUAUUGGCGUUAUGGUGUAAAAGCAUUAAAAUUAAAACAUUUGAAAA